AGAGUGGGUGUGUGCUCCUCUGAGCCAUAAAGAUAGACGCAGGGCAUGCAGAUAGUAGGGUGCGUGGCCUCAAGAGAGACAGGCAGGUUAAGUUAAAUGAAGUGAAGGAAAAGAAGAAGCACAUUAAGUAAUGUCUAUUACAUGCAGAUAAAUAGCUAAAGGGGAACUUAGCAUAGCUGCUCUAAGUUCAACAUGGAAUGAGAGGAAUUGAAGGAAAUAAAGGCAUUAGCAGCUGUUCCAAAGCAUCAGUGUUCGAUAGACAGCACUGAAGGGAGAGAGGGGAGAGGGAGCAAGCAACAGAGAAGGGGGCAGAAAGAGAAAGAGAGCAAGAACAGAGGAGUGGCUGCUUUUGUUCAGUGUUCAGUGUUUUACUGAUCUAACUGAAGGCUUCCUGUGUCAGCACCAUGGGAAAGUCAGUGUAUGUGUGUGCAAGCUUUGCUAUAUUUGAAAAAUAGGACAAAGCACAUACACAAUUGCACUUAUUUCUUUUCCUCUUUAGUGGUGCUUUCCAUGAGAUUUUAAAACUGCUCUCACCGAUCCUUUGUUUGUUGUUGAGUAGGUGCUGGCUGUUAGGCAGCAUUGGUAUUUGUAUUGUUUGUGUGUGGCUGUUUCAAUGUGCCUAUUGUGUGAGCACUCGAGAGAUUGCGAGACCUAUGAAAAGGGCAGUGAGUGAUAGGCACCAGGCUGAGGGGGAUGAUGUGGAUGACGUUUUCUACACCAUCAUCUGUCAUCGGGUUGUACUCACUGUCUGAGGUCAGGCAGUCUUCAGCCUCGAAGCAGUUUGCUGAGGAGCUGCUUCAGUGUCACAAUGACUUCAGGAGGAAGCACCAGGCUCCUCCACUGAAGCUGAGCAGCAAGUUGAGCAGAGAGGCUGCCCGUUAUGCUGAAAGUCUGGCCAGCACACGGAUUCUGAAACACAGCGUGGAAUCCAGUAGAGGGAGCUGUGGAGAAAACCUGGCAUGGGCCUCCUAUGACCAAUCAGGAAAAGACGUCGCAGACCGCUGGUAUGAUGAAGUGAAACAAUACAACUUCAGCCGUCCUGGAUUCUCCUCUGGCACUGGCCAUUUCACAGCAAUGGUGUGGAAGAGCACUAAAAAGCUAGGUGUCGGUAAGGCCACUGCAUCAGAUGGUUCUUCCUUCGUGGUGGCCAGAUACUUCCCAGCUGGGAAUGUCACUAACCAGGGACACUUUGAGAACAACGUCCUUCCGGUUAAAACCUCCACCUAAAGAUCUGGAUCUGGAUCACCAACACUUGACUGAAGCCCAAAGGCAUUAGUUUAAUUUUCCAGGAGAGUCAAAAUGUAUCUGCCUGCACUGCUAUGGGAAAUACUCAGGAGAGCAAUUCUUGCCUAGUAGAGAACCACACAACCAUAGUUUGGAAUGGUUUUAUAAGAUGAAAUGCUUAUCUGCUGGCUUAAAGUCCUAGUUGUAAUUUGAAAAAUAGACAUGUGUAUGAUGCAGUGUUUAGAACGACGAAGCACUACUGUUAGACACUGCUAACAAAACAUUCCCAGUGACCAUUUGGAAUAUAUAGUAUUAUCUUGAUUUUGAUGGUUAUUUACAUUGCCUGUGACAGUAUUUAAUUCAUUAUUGCCAAUACUUUUAUAUUUUCACACACUGAAAUACAUCAUAGCCUCACAUUUGUGUUUACGUAAGUCAAAGGGACAGACUUUGUACACUUACAUGUAGAGGCAUUGCAAAGUAAUUUAAGGCUAAUGACUCAGCAUGCUUGGUUUGAAUUUGUGUUACUGCCACCACUUGUCAAACAGAAACCUGCAGUCCCCGGCUUGUGUUUUGUACUCUAAUCAGUUUGUACAAUAAAGUUGAUAGAAAUUAA